UUUCUUGAAACAGUCGGAGGGGGAUGCCUUGAGUUAUUGCAGAAGCACUAGAGAGAGAGAGAGUGUGUGUGUGUGUGUCAAGAAAAGUCUUCUCUUUCACACACCUUUCGUUUUCUCGAACCUCUUUAAAGAGAGAUGGUGGUGGAAUCUUGGGUUUGACAACUCAUUACCAGCCCCCCCUCUCUCUCUCUUUUGAAGCUCUUCCAAGCAUCAAACAAGGUCCUCAUCACAACUCUCUCUAUCUAUCUCAAUUCCUUCUCCUUUUGGUGUAUCAAGUUUGAUUUUUUUUUCCUUUGAUUUUGUAGUUAAAGAAGCAAUCUUUUCGUUUUCAAGCUUAAGAAAGGCAACUUCUUCUUCUUUUUUUUCGGAGAAUGGGUUUGUGUAAAAACGGAAACUUUGCUAUCUGGGUCUUUCCCAUUUCGGUUUCUAAGAUAGAUUAGUGUUUUUAUUCUCUGUUCUUCACUCUUUGGGAGAAAAUUAGGGUUCUUUCUUUAGUUUUAAGAACAUGGAAGAGAUAGAAGGAACCAACAGAGCAGCUGUUGAGAGUUGUCAUAGAGUUCUUAACCUCUUAUCUAGACCACCACACCAACAAGAUCAAGUGAGUUUAGUGUCUGAAACUAGAGAAGCUGUGUCUAGGUUCAAGAGAGUUGGGAGUCUGUUAAGCAAAAGCGUGGGUCAUGCCAGGUUUAGAAGAGCCAAUAAUAAGAAACCUCUGACCCAUUUGUCUCAACAAACCAUCUUCCUUGAUCCUUGUCGUCUCCAAAGAACUCAACUUCCUGAGUCAUCAUCUCAGAAGCUCCGGUCUGGUUUCCAUGAUUUGAGCUUGAGGCCAGCUGAUUCUCUCACUUUAGGGACCCGGUCUUUCAGUUUAAAACCCCCUCCUCUCCUUCAGCUUAACCACCAGGCAAUGCCUUCUUCAACAACUAUGUUCCCAGAACAUCAACAACAGCAGUUGCAUGAACGGUUGCAGGCUCACCACCUACAUCAGCAGCAGCAGCAGCAACAAAGACAUCAUCAAGCUGAGAUUAUGCUAAGGAAGUGCAACGGUGGAGGGAUAAGUUUGAGCUUCGACAACUCUAGCUGCACACCAACCAUGUCGUCCACUAGGUCCUUUGUUUCAUCGCUUAGCAUAGAUGGUAGCGUGGCUAAUGCAGAAGGGAGAAACUCCUUUCAGUUGAUAGGGGAUCAGAGUUUACCACAUUCCAAGAGAAAAUGCCUCUUGAAAGGAGACGAGCAUGGAAGCCGAUGUCACUGCUCUAAGAAGAGGAAACAUAGGGUUAGGAGAUCGAUCAGAGUGCCUGCUAUAAGUAACAAGGUUGCAGAUAUCCCUCCUGAUGAUUAUUCGUGGCGAAAAUAUGGUCAGAAACCCAUCAAGGGCUCUCCUUAUCCCAGGGGAUAUUACAAGUGCAGUAGCAUGAGAGGUUGUCCAGCGAGGAAGCAUGUAGAGAGAUGUGUGGAGGAUCCAGCGAUGCUUAUUGUUACUUAUGAAGCAGAGCAUAACCAUCCUAAACUGCCAUCUCAAGCCGUAACAACAUAACUUUCAUUUAUCAUCAUCAUGUGUUCUCUCUCUCUCUCACUUUGAAUCUCCUCCAAUAUUGUGUGAUGAAAUGAUGGGCUUUUAGUUUGGGGGGUAUGGAUUUGCUUGUGACUUGUGAGAGAGUUUACUGCAGUUGUUGGGUUUGGUUUUUAAGGGGUAAACGUAGGAUUUGUCAAAGACCUUUUGUUCUUAUUUCUAUAUAAGUGUACUGCUCUCAAUGCUUCGCAAGUUUGCUUAA